AUGUCGUCCCCAGAGUCAGCAGCGGCCUGGAAAGCCAUCGCAGCUCGCAAACAAUCCUCGCGCGCCUCGCGGAUCCCGUCCAAAUGGCACAUCCCCUCCAGCGCCCUGCCCAAGGAUCCUCCAAGCCUGGAAAACGGCCCGCAGAACGUACUGGACUUACCUCGCCAGUUCCUCUCGAGCGCUGAGAUCGCCAUCACCGAAGACUACACGGUGGAAAGCCUCCUCUCGGCAUUGGCGAGCAAGAAACUGUCCUGCGAAGAAGUCGCUCAGGCCUUCUGCCACCGUGCGGCCAUCGCGCACCAACUCACCAACUGCCUGACCGAGCCACUCUUCGACUCGGCCGUCCAGCGUGCAAAGGAGCUGGAUGCAUACCUAGCACAGAAUGGGAGGCCUUUUGGUCCGCUACACGGGUUGCCCGUGUCGGUCAAAGAUACAUUCAACGUCAAGGGCGUGGACACGAGUAUCGGACUAGCUUAUCUAUGCGAGAAACCCGCCACAGAGAACGCCCCCCUGGUGAGCCUGCUUUUGUCGCUAGGCUGCGUGAUCGUGGCCAAGACGAAUAUCCCGCAAACACUGGCGUCGCUCGAUAGCGUCAACAACGUGUUUGGAAGGACGAUGAAUCCGAUUAAUCGUCUCUGCACGGCAGGCGGGUCGAGUGGUGGCGAGGGUGUCCUCGUAGCGAUGAAGGGGAGCAUACUCGGGAUAGGAACGGAUAUUGGUGGCAGCAUCCGUGUGCCGGCCAUGUGCAAUGGCGUGUACGGAUUCAAACCAUCCAAUAAUCGGAUACCAUACGGUGGGCAGGCACUUACAGGAAGAGAGGGGAUGAGUCGCACUAGCGUGCAGGCUGUGGCUGGACCCAUCGCGCGAAGCGUGAGGGAUAUUGAUGUUUUCCUGCGAGAGGUGAUACCCAGAGCGACCCUGUGGGCGGAGGAUUGUAUGCCAUGUCCGUGGCCCCCGUCCAGCCCUUCUUCCCAGCAAAUCCAGGGCAGCGGGCCGAAUGGCGAGCUUGUGAUCGGCAUACUACGGAGCGACGGCAACUGCACCCUUUUGCCACCGAUCACGACCAUCCUCAAUGAAGUCGCGGUGUCCCUCCAAGGCACCAACACGCGCACCGGGGCCAAGAUCGUGGUCAAAGAGCUCCUCACGCCGCGCGCCUGGACGCGCUCGCAGUCGGUCAUGAGCAAGCUAAUGGGCGUCGACGGCGCAGUCGUCAUGAACCACAUGAUCACAUCGACAGGCGAGCCGCUGGUGCCAUGGAUGUCGACGCGCUUCCGGGCCGGCAAAGCCCAACCGCUCGAGCGCGUUGCGGAGCUACAGGCGCAGCGCUCACAGCUGGAACGCGAGAUGCUCAACCUGUGGAGCGAGGUCGACGCGCACGGCCGCCGCAGACAGACUCUGGACGCCAUCGUCUGCCCCGUCGCGCCGCACCCCGUGCCCCCCAUCGAGGGCUAUAACGCCGUCGGCAUGACCUCCAGCUGGGUCUUGUUCGACUACCCCACGGGCACCGUCCCCGUGCGCUCUGUCGUCGAGGACGACCUCGAGCUCGGCAGACCCCUACCCGCCGGCAACGUGCUGGGCAGCUGGGACGCAAAGUGCCGCGAGCUGUGGGACGAACAUGUCACGGACCGUAGGGUGUAUCUCGGCACGCCGCUCAGUGUGCAGGUCGUCGUGCAGAGAGGAAGAGACGAUUGGCUGUGCAGGGUCAUGGGUGUCAUUGAUGAGGUGAUGAAAUCUCAGACUCAGACUCAAUCGGGGGAUGUCAAGGCGAGAUUGUAA